UCAUUGAAAAGUUUGAUGCCUCUUUUUCUUUUCUUCGUUGAUCAGAGUGCCAUGAUGCCGGCUCAGCUGUUCUUCAAGACCGAAGAUGGGGAUAGCUACCCUGUCAUCUUCAAACACGGGGAUGACUUACGUCAAGAUCAGCUCAUUCUCCAGAUCAUUUCGCUGAUGGACAAGCUCUUACGCAAGGAGAACCUGGAUUUGAAGUUGACACCCUACAAAGUGUUGGCUACAAGUACAAAACAUGGUUUCAUGCAGUUCAUCCAGUCGGUACCGGUGGCGGAAGUCCUCGCUACUGAAGAAAGCAUCCAGAACUUCUUCCGGAAAUAUGCUCCGAGUGAAAAUGGGCCCCAUGGCAUCAGUGCGGAAGUUAUGGACACCUACGUGAAAAGCUGCGCUGGGUAUUGUGUGAUCACAUAUAUACUUGGAGUUGGGGACAGGCAUCUGGAUAACCUUUUGCUCACCAAGACAGGCAAACUUUUCCACAUUGAUUUUGGCUAUAUUCUGGGACGUGACCCGAAGCCUCUUCCUCCACCCAUGAAGCUGAAUAAGGAAAUGGUGGAAGGAAUGGGAGGGACGCAGAGUGAACAGUACCAGGAGUUUCGCAAGCAAUGCUACACAGCGUUCCUUCAUCUGCGCAGAUAUUCCAACUUGAUUUUGAACUUGUUCUCUCUGAUGGUGGAUGCCAACAUUCCAGACAUCGCCCUUGAACCGGACAAGACCGUCAAAAAAGUUCAGGACAAGUUCCGUCUGGAUCUGUCUGACGAGGAAGCUGUCCACUACAUGCAGAGCUUGAUCGACGAAAGCGUCCAUGCUCUCUUUGCGGCGAUGGUGGAACAGAUCCACAAGUUUGCUCAGUACUGGAGAAAAUGAGACCUCAUCACUUCCGAAGGCAAAAAAUUCUCCUCCAGCUGCUUCCUGAAACUCCUGAAGAUAACGUCAACCAAGGAUGUAACUUUUCUAGCUUGGAUAAUGAAUUUAUCCAGAAUUGCCAUUCCAAACUGGGACAGGGGUAUAUGUUCCUCACUCUCAGUUAUCAGACACAGUUUGGAAAACAGGGCAGUGCUGUCCAGAACCCCAAUGACAAGAAGAAAAUAAAUGUCUAAUGGUUUUUGAAGGACAUCUGUGCACUUAUUACUGUGGUCCCUCUACAAGAAUGCAACUAUGGAGAGACACGUACGGCCAAAGCUUAUGAACUUGGAACGGAAGUUUGGAGUCAUUUCUAAAACUUGUCCAAACUUCAGUUGGACCUCCCUUUUAGAGUAGAUUAGUUCCUACGGAUUCCUUUUUUAGAAACAAGCUCUCAUCAGAUCUGGACCUUUAGAACAAAGCAAAGUCCUCAAAAGAUAUCAGCGACGGACUUCAAAUUUUUUAGAAACAAGCUCUCAUCAGAUCUGGACCUUUAGAACAAAGCAAAGUCCUCAAAAGAUAUCAGCGACGGACUUCAAAUUCCUGACGGGAAGAGAGCGAAAGUUUUCACUUUGCGUACAACAACAUAAUGUAUGUUGACUGUAUAUGCCAAAUCUAAUAAAAUGGCUUUGGUGCAA